UGUUUUGUUUUUCCUACAGAACGGAGAAAGAAAAAGGACAGAAUUUCAAAAAAGUAAAUCGCUUUGUUUUUCCAUAUAAACCAUUAAUUAUUUGAUAAUUUUAUUUUGAAAAAAAGGGGAACAUUAGACAACUGAAAACAAAAGCCGAUAUAAGAGUCUACAAAACGCCUUUAAAAACGAAGAGCAAGAGGAGAAAAGCAGAAGCAAAAGGAAAAGAAAAGGAAAAAUGGGGUGGAUCGGAGAAACAGUGGAUUCUAUCAAAUCUAUACAGAUCCGGCAGCUUCUUACUCAGGCCGUUAGUCUAGGAAUGAUUGUUACAUCUGCACUAAUUAUAUGGAAGGCAUUGAUGUGCAUUACCGGUAGUGAGUCUCCUGUGGUGGUUGUUCUAUCUGGAAGUAUGGAACCUGGCUUCAAGAGGGGGGAUAUAUUGUUUUUGCACAUGAGUAGGGAUCCUAUUCGUACAGGGGAGAUUGUUGUCUUUAAUGUUGAUGGCCGGGAGAUUCCAAUUGUCCAUCGUGUAAUUAAGGUCCAUGAAAGGGAAGAUACUGGGGAAGUUGAUGUCCUCACAAAAGGGGAUAAUAAUUAUGGGGAUGACAGACUUUUGUAUGCUCAAGGUCAGCUCUGGCUGCAGCGGCACCAUAUCAUGGGCAGAGCUGUUGGGUUCUUACCUUAUGUUGGUUGGGUAACAAUUAUCAUGACAGAAAAGCCAAUUAUUAAGUACAUACUUAUUGGUGCAUUGGGAUUGCUUGUCAUAACUUCGAAGGACUGAAGGAUGCUUAUCAGUUUGAAGGGUGGAGCAGAGUAGAAGUUGCUGUUGCUUGAGCUAAAAGUUUUUAUAACGGUUAUUUUAAGUUGGACAGAGAAAUAGAAAAGAAAAAGAAAAAGAAAAAUAAUUUUAUGGAUAGAUUAAGGUGUGAAUCCUUGGUAGAUUAUUAUGCAUGAGUAGCAUCACUUGAUUUUGUCUGAUA